CUCGCCGUGUCAGUGUCCUCGAGAAAACGCAAUUACGAAAGGCAUCUCCUCUCCACACACUUCUUGGCGGCGAUCACGUCGGCCUUCGUGCCCUCCGUUGCCUUAACCUAUCUUCCUCCUUCGGCAAGUACUUGCACUUGGCCGGUCUUGGUCCGGUCGUUCCUGACUCUCAGACAUGACCGAUCGAAGACUACCUGCAUACAAGAAGCACGUUACGGGAUGGGUCGCCGCGAGGGACGGCGAUUGGUCCGACUUCGAAGCUGCUUGCCGCUACCAACCAGGCUCAGAGGACAUCAUCCUGAUGACCUACCCCAAGUCAGGAACGACCUGGGUGCAGCACAUGCUUCACCUUAUGGUCCACGACAUGGCCUUGGUUCCUGAAGGCCGUCGGUUGGAUAGCUUUUCCCCCUUCCUGGAGAGAGGAGGCAUCAAGCUGCUUCCAGGAUUGGAUCGAACUCCAAGGCCCAUAAAGACGCAUUUGUCUUUCGCUGUGAUGCCCUGGAGUGCGGUGCCCCGGUACGUGUGCGUCCUGCGCAAUCCCAAGGAUGUGUGCGUCUCGUUGUUUCAUCAUGUGAGGGGAUUCCCAGACUACCAUUUUGAGGAUGGCAGCUUUGCCGAUUUCUUCGAACUUUUUCUGGACGGUGAGGCGAAUUGCGGGGACUACUUCAAUCACCUUCUGUCCCUUUGGAACCGUCGACUUGAGCGGAACGUGCUCCUUCUUACCUACGAGGACCUCAUGGCGGAUCCACUGGCGGGAGCUCGGCGCCUGGUAGACCACGUCAGGCGCAGUUUUCCGUCGGACUGGCGUGAGCCCGACCUGAGGGAGCUUGUGGCGGCGAGCAGCUUCGAGGCCAUGAAGGCCCAGUCCCCGGACAAGUGGUCCAGCACACGGCCCGAGGGCGCUCCCGGCUUCAUCCGCAAGGGCCAGGUCGGGGACUGGAGGAACUACCUCACGCCGGAACAGAACGAACGGCUCGAGCGGAAGUUCCACCAGAGACUCGCCGGCACAGGAGCAGAACACCUCUGGCCCACCGAAAUCGGACUGCCGGCAGGACUGGAGUCCUCGUAGGAACCGUCGGGACAUUACUCAAUCAAUGUGACCGGGGUGCAGCAAAUGCCCGUUGAUCUUAAUUGUAGCUCGAAGGCGAUUUGAGAUCAAAUCUGUUUAAAACUCUAAUUUGAUAAAAAAAAAAAAAUUAAGUAAUUAGAGUAACGUAAAAGCGCGAAAAGGAAACGUGAAUUUAUGUAUUGAUGAAUCGCUGUAAACCAAUCCUAUUUACCCGGUAAAUUUAGAGAGAAAAUUUGAAUUGGCGUACAAGUGCAUCAAUUAAAUUUCUCUGCUAAACUUAACCGGGAAACGCUUCCCGCUAAAUGUACAGAUUAUAUGCCGAAAAUCAUAAUAAUAAAAAACUGUAUAAAAACGUCUUCCAGUUUCCGUUCUGUGCACCUUAGCUGCAUCAUGGAGGUCGAGCAAGUUGAUUUGUUAUUUUCUGGAUUGUCAUUUUUUAUUUUCAAAUUUCCGAGACACCGUGUGGUGGUAAGGAAUUAAGAACAAAAAAAAAAAAACUCUUAUGAAGUUUAGUUAAAAAAAUAUUAGUAUGUGUCAAGCGUUUAAUCACUAGCUUAUUCGCGUAUAUACACAUACCCGGAGCCAGACGAAAUGCCAAAUGUUGUUGGUUUAAACUUUAAAGUAA